AUGGCGCCGGAUAAAAAAAAAAUAAAAAAAAUGGCAUCAUCAUCAACAGCUAGAAUGUCGUUUCGCAUAGUAAUGGUAGUCAUGGUCAUCCUCGUACUGUUCUAUGUGGGUCGUCCUCUUUACUGGAAAAUCUCGGCCACCGUUCAAGAGAUCCGUGAAAACAAACAAACUGUAAAGCAAGGUAUAAGUCAGAUAGUGUACGAGGCGCAGAAGUCGGUGGGAUGGUGGCAGGGUGAGUCAGACUCUGGGGGAAAGAGAAUCGGUGCCACUCGUAGGCUUCUUUUUUAAGCUUUUGUUUUGUGUUUAAUGGUUACUUAUAAUGUUAUUAUGUCACAAUUAAGUAGUGAGUCUCUGUUAUUUAUAUCAAUCCAUCUGGGUUUUUUUUUUUUUUUUUUUUUUUUUUUUUUUUUUUUUUUGUUGUUUUAAUAUAAUUAGUGUUUAUAUUUGUGGGGAUUUGUACUGCUCAUUGUUAGCUUGCUAAUGGGAAUUUGUCUGAAAUCUGGUACAAUGCAAUUAAUGUUAAAUAUAGAUUAUAGUACUAUUGAAAAAAAAUGGGUAUAUUUGUA